CUGGUCUCCUUUCGAAGCGGCAUUGCCCAUGAAGUUUCUGGUGGAACGUUCGGCAAUGCAAGUAAAGCACAAACAAAAGUCACUGCACUUGAGCCACAGUGGGAAAUUGUCAGCAUCGGGCUCAAUGCAGAUGAAACUCUGCUAGGCGUCUUUUCGAAUAAUCAAUAUGGAUGCUUUGUCCUUGUAUAUAAUAUCUUAGCCCUGUGUGUUGAUGUUCCUGGAGAGGCAAUUCCAUUAUGUUCCGUUCGAGUAGGAAAUACAGCUUCGAAAGGAGUUGCGUUUGAGUGGAAUCCAGCGCUCGCUGAUAUGUUCGCGGCAUCAGACACUGAUCGAACUCUAAGCGUAGCUAAGGUGGAUAUGCAGAAUCCAUCAAAGUACAGCAUCCUUGGUGAGAAGAAAUUGGAAGCAAUUAUAAGUGAGAUAUCGUGGAGUCCAAAAGGAAAGCAAUUGGUUGCUGGUGAUGCUAACGGAAAAAUUUUCCAACUUAAACCUGAAAUAGAAGUAGAGUGA